CCUGGGGGGCUGUCCCUAUACCCCGAGGCUGUGCGUAGUGGCAGAUGCCGGUGCUGCUGCUGGAGACCCCCUUCAGUAGGUCCGGGGAAAGGGUGAUAGCAGAGCCCGAUUUCCUUCCUCUGAAAUGUGAUGCAUGUGGGGAAGUCUUCUGUAAAGAUCACAUCCGUUAUGAUGACCACAAGUGCAGCUCUGCCUACAAGAAGAAUGUGCAGGUCCCAGUGUGUCCACUCUGUAAUGCACCUAUCCCAGUGCAGAAGGGGGAAAUACCAGAUGUUGUGGUUGGAGCCCACAUGGAUAAGGACUGCAAAUACAAUCCAGCACAGCAAAAGAGGAUCUUCACAAACAAGUGCUUAAAGCCAGGCUGCAAAAGGAAAGAGAUGAUGAAGGUGCUUUGUGAACAGUGUGGCCUCAACUUCUGCAUAAAACAUCGGCAUCCCCUGGAUCACGACUGCAAAGGGAACAGCCACCCCACCUCCAAGGCAGGAUAUGCAGCUCUGAUGAGAGCCUCUCACACUGCCCUCAAAUCCCCGGGAGCAAUUGGAGUGCCAUCUAAUGGGAAUCUUCAGCACAACAGGUGCAGGUAGUAGAGGCUCUUCAUAUCUGGAUCAAACCUCUGUCUAAACUUAAUAUUUUCUCUAUCUCUUUAAAUUUCUAUGCAAUUAACGUAUUUUUGUAUCAGAAUGUUUUGUGUAUUCAAUAAACUUUCCAAGCCAACGUUAUUUGUUCCUAUAUUUGGAA